AUGAUUGGGGUAAAGUGGGUUAACUGCCUGACAUACAAAUACACUGGGAAUUACACCUACUCCCACAAACACAGGACACAGCUGGGAGUGAAUGGUGACAAGGUGGUUUCCAGUAAAGCAGAUUUAGAAGACUUAGACUUCUUUGCCACUUCUCGGGAAAGACGGUUUCGUUUAUUUGCUUCUUUAGAAUGUGAAGGACAGUUAUUCAUGACACCACAUGAUUUCAUUCUGGCUGUUACAACUGAUGAGCCCAAAUGUGUCAAACAGUGGAGAUCACUUUCCAAACAGGAAUUAAACGAAAUGCUUAAAGGAACACCACCAGCAUGGAAAGGAUCAUCAAAACUUUUUCGAAAUCUUAAGGAAAAAGGUGUGAUUUCUUAUACGGAAUACCUGUUUCUUUUAUGUAUUUUAACAAAGCCUCAUGCAGGUUUUAAAAUAGCUUUCAAUAUGUUUGAUACUGAUGGCAAUGAGAUGGUGGAUAAAAAGGAGUUUUUGGUGCUUCAAGAAAUAUUCAGGAAAAAAAAUGAAAAGAGAGAAGCAAAAGGAGAUGAAGAAAAGCGUGCACUGCUGCGUGUUCAACUUUAUGGACUCCGUACCUCUCCUAAUAAUGUGCUUAAAACAGGAGAAGUCAUCUCCAGAAGCUACUGGGAUACGCUGAGACGGAACACAAGCCAGGCUCUCUUUUCGGACCUCACUGAGCGAGCUGAUGACAUCACAAAUUUAGUGUCAGAUACUACGCUGCUUAUACACUUUUUUGGAAAGAAAGGCAAAGCUGAGCUCAACUUUGAUGAUUUCUACAGAUUUAUGGACAACUUGCAAACAGAAGUUCUGGAAAUAGAGUUUCUUUCCUAUUCCAAUGGCAUGAACACUAUCAGUGAAGAAGACUUUGCCCACAUUCUGUUGCGAUAUACAAAUGUGGAAAACACGUCUGUGUAUCUGGAAAAUGUGCGCUAUAGUAUAGUGGAAGAAAAGGGCAUAACGUUCGAUGAAUUCCGGUCCUUCUUCCAGUUCCUGAACAACUUGGAGGAUUUCGCAAUUGCCCUGAACAUGUACAACUUUGCAAGUCGCUCCAUAGGGCAAGAUGAAUUCAAACGUGCCGUCUACGUGGCCACGGGCCUGAAGCUCUCGCCCCAUCUGGUGAGCACCAUCUUCAAGAUCUUCGAUGUGGACAAAGAUGACCAGCUGAGUUACAAAGAAUUCAUCGGCAUCAUGAAAGACCGGCUGCGCAGAGGAUUCCGGGGCUACAAAACGCUUCCAAGUUACCCCACUUUCAAAUCCUGCCUGAAGAAGGAACUCCACAGCAGAUAGGUGCCUCCCAAAGGGGGCUUCCAGGAUGAUUGUCGACUGCGAGGGAUCCAGACAGACCCUUCAAGCCUGCAGAAACAGGUCCACAGCCAAAAGCUCCUGAGAUAAAAAGAUGAAAAGCUGCAACCACCACCCGUCCCGUUUGUCCUCCCCCGUGUCCAUAUGAGCCGACGAGUGCGUGGCAGCCGGCCACGAUCCAUCCACCCCCCCCCCCCGUGUGUGUGCUGCUCCCCAUGCCCUAAAGCCCCUCAGGGACGCGCAUCCUUCAGGUUUAUUUAUUUAUUUAUUUGUGGAGAUUCGCCCAGCACCGGAAGAGGGGGUGACGAGGGAAAGAAGGCACACAGGGGGCUCACUCGUGUUCUGGGAGCCCCGCUCUGCCCUGCCGCAGCCUCCUCGUGCUACGACCUGUGAUGCACUUUGGACUUCAAAGGGCCACAUGAACAUGAACGUCUCUGGAGGCGCAGGGAGCUGGCGGUUUGGAAACCCUUGUGCUGCCUUCCUCAGGAGAGCUCAUCUCCCUGCCUGUCUGCGGCUACAGGCCGGCCGUGGUGGGCCAGGGCCCCUGGUGGCAGGCCCUCCUUCUAGUGUGGAUUGCAUGAGAAUAGCUCCUUUCUGUUCAGGGGAGAGUAGCCUAGAAUGAAUCCAGUCUGCUUGGCAACAGUGUUUGUGUCAUAGGUAGUAAUUUAUUCUAUUUUUGGAAAAGGACCACAAGAACAGCCCAGGCCCACGGCAAGCUUGUUUUUAAGUAAUGGCUCAAAUAUCUCAAUAUCUAACUUAUUCUUCUUAAAACAAUCUGUCUUUAAAGGGUGAAAGAGUAACUCUCUUAAAAACAAUGAAAAUUAGAUUUGCAAAGAGAAAAUAGUUCAAUGCUGUCUUGAUUGAUUCUUGCAAGUCUGUACAUUAAUCAAAUGUGCCAGCUUGAUCACUGCAGAAAAAACUCUGCUAGAAGCUCUGCAUGAGAUGCAAGAAGUUGCUGUCUUAGCUCUGGGAUGAUUAGAACUUCCGGUUGUGCAUCGUUUUCAUAGAUGAACAUUUGACACGCCUAUUUUCUUUGUUAGCCAUUAUCUUUGUUUAACCGUAAGGAUCUCAUCAAGGUGGGCCCUUCUUCCACCAAUGCAGAGGGCAGUGACCUCCGUGAGUUGUGGUUCUGAAAACAAAACCAUCACCUGGUGGCCAGUCCUCUAGGGAUGAACAACAGCUGCAGAGGAGUCCGGCCUUGAGUGCCCGGCGCUUGUCCUGGCUCCCUUUCCAGCAACAUUCAAGAGGAUGGAACCCAAAAGAUGCCGGAGCUCCUUCCUGCUAUAAGGCAGCAGAGGAGAAAUGAUAAGAGAGCCAGUAACUGAAGUGGAUUCUCAAGAUGGCGGUGUCAAUGGCUGCUUCUGACUUUGGCUAGAAGGGGCCAAUCUGAGACUGAACUACCACCGCGCUUUGGUUCCACCUGCACUUUUAAAAUACAGUUUGGGGGCUUAGUUCAAGGCUAAGGGAGUGAAUAAACCCCUGCUAUUCCAUCUCUAAGGUUCCUAUCUCUAGAUCCAGCUUAACUUGGGUUCACUUGCUCCUAGUGGGAAAUGACGCUGCGUAACUGCACGGUCUGGGAGAAAGCCUGCUCUGCUUUCCGCGAGCCCGCCCCGAUGACAUGCCGGCGCUAGCAAAAGCAACUCCAGCUAGCUCACGAUUAGAUAAGAUCGCCUCCGCCCACGGACAUAGACCAAUGCCUUUCUGGCCCUAUGCUACUAGUGUGUGAAGAAGCAAAAUCUUGCCAGAAACUUAAGAAAACUAGUUUUCCGCUGAUUAUAAUGCAUCUCUAUGUGCUAAUGAUAUUUGCCCCUCUCCUUCGUGGGAAGACUGAAAUCAGAUUCCCGUGGCCAACCCUAGCAUCGUGUCGGACAGAACUCCCUCCUGCAUUCUAAGUGUGGCAUCAUGAAAUAAAAGUUUGAAGUGACAUCCCA